AUGGCUCAUAUCGAAUUAUCUUCAAAUUAUCAAACAAAAUUAAUGCCUUCAUUUUCAAAUCUUUCUCAACAACAAGUAGAAUCAUUACUUGGAUUUAAAUUUCAUGAAUUUUAUAAUAAUCAAAUGCCAAUCGAAGAAUUUAUUACAAGAACAGCACCAAAAAAACUCAAGGAAAAAAUAUUUGAUCGAUUUAUUGAUUGUAUUUUAUCAGAAGGAUAUCCAGAAGCAACAAUAUCUUCAAAUAAUGAAUUGGUUAUAAUAGACAACGUCGGAAUUAUUUUACAGGUCAUUGUUUCUUAUUUUAAACGUAAUGAUUUAAUGUUAUUACGAAAGCAACAAAUACCUAGUAAGAACAAACAAUUUGAUAAAAACAUGGAAUUUGUUAUAGUUCAAACAACAAACAAUGUUGAAAACAAUCGUUAUUUACUCGUCGUCGAACCUAAAUCUGGUUCAUUGGAAAAAAGACUUAUUCAGUUGUUAUGGAUAUUGAAAUCUACAUGGGAUAUAAAUAAUGACAACAAGAUAGUGUAUGGAUUCUUAACAACAGGAAUCAAUUGGCAAUUAAUAAUCUAUGAUGGUAAAUCAUGGAAAUUUUCAAAACCAUCUAGUGUUUUAUUUGAAAAUAUGGAAGAACAAGAAGAUCAAUGGUUACAAAAGAAUACACAAAUAUUAGAUGUUAUUUAUAGCAUCUUAUCAUCAAUAUGA